ACCACUUGGCCACGAUACUACCCGGUAAUUUUAGUUCUGACGAUUAUUACCAGGUGAAUGUUCAGCCUGAUAAACACACACAAUUAACACGCAGCCUUGUCUACAGCCGUUAGUCAUGGUUUCUCUGGAGGAUAAGGCCAUCUGGGAGGAUGCAGAGGAGACAAUUGAUGAAGAAGUGCUGCGAAUGCCAACAGAGGAGAUUGUGGGAAGGACGAGACUUUUAGAAAAUGAUAUCAAGAUCAUGAAGAGCGAUGUAUCGAGGAUUAGUCAUGAGCAGCAAGGCAUGAAGGAGAAGAUUAAGGAAAAUACAGAAAAGAUUAAAGUAUCAAAAGUGCUCCCUUACCUCGUGUCUAAUGUAGUCGAGCUGCUUGAUAUUGACCCGACUGAUCAGGAAGAAGAGGAUGGGAGUCACCUGGACCUAGACUCUCAGAGGAAGGGCAAGUGCGCCGUCAUCAAGACCUCCACCAGACAAACUUACUUUCUCCCUGUGAUUGGAUUGGUCGAACCUAAAGAGCUAUCUCCCGGGGACUUGGUGGGUGUGAACAAGGACUCUUAUCUGAUCCUGGACAAGCUACCUGCAGAGUAUGACUCUCGUGUGAAGGCUAUGGAGCUUGACGAGCGCCCCACAGAGGAGUACAGUGAUAUCGGGGGACUGGACAAGCAGAUUGAGGAGCUUGUCGAGGCAAUUGUGCUGCCCAUGACUCAUAAAGAAAGAUUUAAGAACAUUGGCAUUCACCCACCCAAAGGUGUUUUGUUGUAUGGUGCCCCAGGCACUGGAAAGACUCUUCUGGCAAGAGCUUGUGCAGCUCAGACAAAGUCCACUUUCUUGAAGCUGGCCGGCCCGCAACUUGUGCAGAUGUUCAUUGGUGAUGGGGCCAAGAUGGUGAGAGAUGCGUUUGCUCUGGCCAAAGAGAAGGCCCCUGCAAUCAUCUUUAUUGAUGAGUUGGAUGCCAUAGGAACCAAGAGGUUUGCCAGUGAGAAGGAGGGAGACAGGGAGGUACAGAGGACAAUGUUGGAGCUACUCAAUCAACUCGAUGGGUUUAGCUCUCACGGUGAUAUCAAGGUGAUAGCAGCAACCAAUCGGGUGGACACACUAGACCCAGCCCUCCUCCGUUCAGGUCGUCUUGACCGUAAGAUAGAGUUCCCUCUGCCGACUGAAGAGGCCAGAGCUCAUAUUCUAAGGAUACACUCGCGGAAGAUGAAUGUCAACUCUGAGGUCAACUUUGAUGAGCUAGCCAGAUGUACUGACGACUUCAACGGAGCUCAACUGAAGGCAGUGUGUGUGGAGGCCGGCAUGAUUGCUCUGAGGAGAGGUGCCGCUGAACUUAACCACGAGGACUACAUGGACGGUAUUCUGGAGGUUCAAGCAAAGAAGAAGACCACCUUGGUGUACUAUGCCUAACGAUCAUUGCCCUGUGCACAGCCAACACUGAGACUAUAGUACCACGCAUGUAUGCAUGUAUGCCAUGUGUUAAUCAUUAUUUUGUGCUAUAUACUUGAAUGCUUACCUAAUUGUUAUCUUAUGAAAACACUUAUAAUUAAGCUUGCUUUUAAGUGAUGAUUGUUUUAUUGAAA